AUGAAGUUGACUUGCAAAGUGAUUUUGCUUGUUCUGAUUCCUUUACACUGUCUUGGGGAAGACUGGGAACUUGCAAAGAGAUUUGUUGCUCUGGCUGGGCCUCUUACUGAUGAAUUAGUAAGUAAUUUACACUUGGAAAGUGGACAUGAAAGAGAGCCAACCUUCCAUUCCAAAACAACACAAACACAGUAUCUUUGCCACUGGCCUACUCUCUUUUCCCUGCCUCCAUAUUUCACACAACUCUAUGCAAGUGGUGUGACUCACUUCAAGAUCUUCUUGCCAUGGAUUCAUAUCAUGCCAGUGGGGAAUGCACAGACCCCAAAUGAGACGAAUGUUGAGUGCUACAGACAACUUCUCAGAACUCUCAGAGCGGCGAAUCUGAAACCAGUUUUAAUUCUGCAUCAAAAACAUCUGCCAAAAUCUUUGGACCAGUCGAGGACAUUCACUGAUCUUUUUGCUGAAUACGCAGACUUUGUCUUCAGGUCUUUUGGUGAUUUGGUUGACACUUGGCUCACUUUCAGCAAUCUGUCUGAGACCCCAGAGGGAUUGCCUCAGGACAACCUACUUUCCCCAGCUCUUCAGGCCCUAGCUUCAGCACACAGGAGAGCUUAUAAAAUCUACCAUGAAAAAUACUCUUCAGAAGGUGGAAAAGUGUCUAUCGCCCUAGGUGUUACUGAUAUUGGACUGGUGCCACCAGGAUAUUUCUUAGCUUCAAUUUCGUCUUAUUUCCAGGAUUCUCUAGAUUUUGUCUCUCUUGAUCUCCAGUACAACUGUAAAGCGGAAGUACUUUUCCAAGGGAUGCUGAAUGAAUUACAGCAAGUCAUGGGAAACACAAUGGAAGUGUUGCUCUUCACUUUAGAAUUCCAUGAAUGUUCUUCCAUGCAAGAAGAUCCAUUUGUAACACUGGCUUCCAUCUUUAGUGCCAUCAAUAAUGAUCAAGUAUUGGCAAUAGGAUGUGAUGUACAGGACUUACUGGACAGCUUCUCCACAGAAGUUUUAGGCAGUCAACAGAAGCCAAAGGAGAAAAUAAUACCUGCCAUAACUCACCUUUCAUCCUAUAUAGAAACCUGGGAGAAUUUUGCUAACCAGUCUGAGUUGGAGAGAGAUUUUUUUUUGCAUGAUGUUUUUCCAGAUGAUUUCCUGUGGGGUACAUCAACUGGAUCAUUUAAUAUUGAAGGAGGCUGGAAAGAGAAUGGAAAAGGAGAGAGUAUUUGGGACAGAUUUGGGCAUCAAGGCUGUGUCCACAUGAAUCAAACAGCCAAUGUUGCAUGUGACAGUUACCACAAGACAGAGUAUGAUGUCUACCUGCUUAGAGGCCUUCAGGCAAAUAUCUAUAAAUUUUCUCUAUCAUGGCCUAGGAUUUUUCCCAAUGGGGACAGGAACAGUUUAAAUCCUAAUGGGGUAGAUUACUACAACAAACUCAUAGACAGUUUGCUGGAUUCUCAUGUUGAACCCAUGGUGACUUUGUUUCAUUGGGACCUACCUCAAGCUCUGCAAGAUCUUGGUGGCUGGCAAAAUGAGAACAUCACAAGUGCUUUUGUAGACUAUGCAUCAUUCUGCUUUGCCACUUUUGGAGAUCGGGUUAAACUCUGGAUUACCUUCCAUGAACCCUGGGUCAUAAGCUAUGCUGGCUAUGGCACUGGGCAGCAUCCUCCUGGAACUGCUGAUCCAGGGAUGGCAUCUUAUCAGGUGGCUCAUGUUAUUCUGAAGGCUCAUGCUGAAGCAUGGCAUGUUUAUGACAACCAGUUUCGUUCCAAACAACAUGGGCAAGUAGGAAUAGUUUUGAAUUCUGAUUGGGCUGAACCCAAAUCCCCAGGGAGUCUUGAAGACAUAAGAGCAGCAGAACGCUAUUUGCAUUUCAUGUUGGGCUGGUUUGCUCACCCUAUAUUUGUUAAUGGUGAUUACUCAGACAUCCUGAAAUCCCAGAUUCAGCUAAAGAAUCAGCAGUGCUCAACUCCAGUUGCCAGUCUCCCGAUGUUCAGUGACAAGGAGAAGCUCUUAAUUAAAGGGACAGCUGACUUCUUUGGUCUUUCCCAUUACACUUCCUGGCUUAUCAGUGAUGUUUCAGCCGACUGCACAGCAAGCUAUGAGAAUAUUGGGGGCUUCUCCAGAGAUGUUGACCCUUCUUGGCCUCAGACAGCAUCUCCAUGGAUCUCUGUGGUCCCUUGGGGGCUGAGGAGAUUGCUGAACUUUAUAUCGAAAGAAUACACAGAAACAAGAAUCCCAAUUUUUAUAGGAGGGAAUGGUGUACCAACUGACAAAGAUGAAGGUGAUUUUAUUAAUGAUACAAAGAGACUGGAUUACUUUCGUCUCUACAUCAAUGAGGUUUUAAAAGCUGUGAAAAUAGAUGCUGUUGAUGUUCGGUCAUAUAUUGCUCGAUCUUUGCUUGAUGGUUUUGAAGGCCCUGCAGGCUAUAGUAAAAAGUUCGGCCUCCAUCAUGUGGAUUUUGAAGAUGCAAACAGACAAAGAACACCAAAAGAAUCUGCCUAUUUAUUUUCCACUGUUAUUAAAAACAAUGGAUUUCCUACUACAUUUAAAAGGAAGUAUAUUCAGCCAUUCAGAGAGAAGAUGUUCAUACCCUCAAGGUUACCUGGCUUACCAGCUUCUGAAGUUCCCUCAAAAGCAAAAGUGGUUUGGGAAAAAUUCUCAAGCCAGACUGAUUUUGAAAGAGAUUUGUAUUUUUAUGGCACUGUCCCAAAUUAUUUUCUGUGGGGUGUUUCCACUUCUGCCUUUCAAAUUGAAGGAGGUUGGGAUGCAGAUGGGAAGGGCCCUAGCAUCUGGGAUAACUUUUCCCAUGUUCCAGGGAAUAUUAACAACAAUGAUACAGCAGAUGUAGCUUGUGACAGCUACAACAAAGUAGAUGAAGAUAUCUAUUUACUGAGAGCCUUAAGAGUGAACACUUACCGCUUCUCUCUUUCUUGGCCUCGAAUUUUUCCCAGUGGAAGAAACCAUUCCAUAAAUAGCUAUGGUGUUGAUUAUUACAACCAGCUGAUUGAUGGUCUGCUUGCUACAAAUAUCACACCAAUGGUCACGCUUCACCACUGGGAUUUGCCCCAAGCUCUGCAAGACAUUGGUGGCUGGGAGAAUCCAAUACUGGUUGAACUAUUUGAUAGUUUUUCAGACUUUUGUUUUCAGACAUUUGGAGACAGGGUCAAGUUCUGGAUUACAUUCAAUGAGCCUGUCAUGAUUUCAUGGCUAGGCUAUGGCUCAGCAGUCUUCCCACCAAACGUGAAAGAUCCGGGUUAUACACCCUACAAUGUUACUCAUACAAUAUUGAAAGCUCAUGCUAGAGUCUACCACACCUAUGAUCAGAAAUACAGAAAGAGUCAGAAAGGUGUAAUUUCUUUGAGCCUCAACAUUGACUGGGCUGAGCCAAAGACACUUGAUCCUUGGAAUGUGGAAGCAGCUGAUCGUUAUCUGCAGUUCAUGGGAGGAUGGUUUGCACACCCGAUUUUUAAAAAUGGUGACUACCCAGAGGCAAUGAAGUGGAAAGUGGGGAACAGGAGUGAGCUACAGAAACUACCAUCUUCCCGACUUCCAGUUUUCACAGAAGAAGAAAGACAAUAUAUCAGAGGUACAGCUGAUGUAUUUUGCCUGAACUAUUACACCUCAAAAAUUAUAAAGCAUAAGACAACCAGGCUGAAUCCAUAUUCUUAUGAGCAUGACCAAGAAUGUGAGCUGGAGAAUGACCCUUCUUGGCCUACCUCAGCACUGGCAGGAAUGAGAGCAGUGCCCUGGGGGCUUCGGAGGCUGCUGAGCUGGAUCAAAGAGGAAUAUGGCAGUCCUCCCAUUUAUAUUACUGAGAAUGGGGUUGGAAUAAAAACUGAGUCUGAUGUUGAUGACACCAGCAGGACCUUUUACUACAAAACUCACAUUGAUGAAGCUUUAAAAGCUUACAAACUGGAUGGGGUGGAUCUUCGAGGCUAUGUCGCUUGGUCUUUCAUGGAUAAUUUUGAAUGGCUAAAUGGCUAUGAGCCAAGAUUUGGGCUGCACCAGGUUGAUUUUAACAAUCCGAACAGACCAAGAACCCCUAAACGUUCUGCCAUACAUUAUGCUGAACUUAUACGUAAGAAUGGAAUCCCACUCCCCAAAGAGGAGGAAUUUCUUUAUGGAGAAUUUCCAAAGAACUUUUCUUGGAGUGUGGCAUCAGCAGCCUACCAGGUUGAAGGUGCCUGGAGAGCAGAUGGGAAAGGCCUCAGCAUUUGGGACCAGUUUGCUCACACUCCAUUGAAAAUCAGCAAUGAUGAAAAUGGAGACAUAGCCUGCGACAGCUACCACAAGUUGGAGGCAGAUUUGGCUAUUCUGAAAAACAUCAAAGUGACUCAUUAUCGCUUUUCCAUAUCCUGGCCUCGGGUCCUCCCUGAUGGAACCACCAAGAAUAUAAAUGAAGCUGGUCUGAGUUACUAUUCAAGGCUUGUGGAUUCUCUCUUGGCAGCCAAUAUCCAGCCGCAGGUAACUAUGUACCACUGGGACCUCCCUCAGGCCCUUCAAAAUGUUGGAGGGUGGGAAAAUGAGACCAUAGUUCAGAGGUUCAAAGAAUACGCAGAGCUUCUCUUUCGGAGACUUGGAGAUAAGGUGAAAUUUUGGAUAACCUUAAAUGAACCCUAUGCCAUUGCUAAUAUUGGUUAUGGCUAUGGAGUGUCUGCUCCAGGAAUCUCUUCUAGACCAGGCCGAGCUCCUUACAGAGUGGGGCACAACUUAAUAAAGGCCCAUGCAGAAGUUUGGCAUCUCUACAAUGAAACAUACCGUCCAAAGCAAAAAGGGCUGAUUUCUCUUUCCAUCAGCGUAGAAUGGGCUGAACCAAGGAACCCUUACAAACAGGAAGACCUUGAUGCUGCCAGGCGACAUGUCCAAUUCUUUGCUGGUUGGUUCGCUCAUCCAGUCUUCAAAAAUGGUGACUACAAUGAGGUGAUGAAAAGGAGAAUACAAGAGAGAAGCCAGGGCCAACCACGACUGCCUGAAUUUACUGAAGAAGAAAAGCGGAGGAUUAAAGGCACCUUUGAUUUCUUCGGCUUGAAUCAUUAUACCACAGUAUUGGCAUCCAAUUUAAACUAUCCUGAUUUUAUUUCAUCCUAUGAUGCUGAUAGAGGUGUUGCCUCAAUAGCAGACCGCAGCUGGCUGGGCUCUGGCUCCUUUUGGUUGAAGGUGACCCCGUUUGGCUUCAGAAAGCUCUUGAAGUGGAUCAAGGAAGAAUACGAUAAUCCGCCUAUUUAUGUGACUGAGAAUGGGUUUUCAGAACGUGGCGAUGUUGGCUUCAAUGAUACUUGGAGAAUACAUUAUUUAAAGAGUUACAUUGAUGAAGCUUUGAAAGGAGUUGUGCUUGAUGGUGUGGAUUUGCGAGGCUAUACCGUAUGGAGCUUGAUGGACAACUUUGAGUGGGCAGUGGGCUUUGCAGAAAGGUUUGGGCUGCAUUACACCAACUACACACACCCAGCUUUACCCAGGAUUCCAAAGGAGUCUUCAAAAUUUUAUACAUCCGUCAUUCAGUGUAAUGGCUUUCCAGAUCCAGCCACUGGGCCUCAUUUGUGCCUGGAAACACAAGCUGAAGGUACCACCACUUCUACGCCUAAUUAUACUGCAACCACAGAGAAGGUGAACUUUUUGGGAUUGGAGUUGGCUUUAUCUGAUGCAAAAAUAGCCCUUUAUGUGCUAUUUGUCUUAUUGCUAAUGGCUACAGUACUGUUUGUUCUUUUUUCAUAUGCAUAUAGAAGGAUGACCAAAAAAGUCCACAAAAGAACUGCCUUAGAGUUAAGUAAAAUGUAAACUGUAUUGUUUCCAUUGUAAACUGAUCUAGAUUCAGAGUUUCUAAAACAGCUGUUGUAUCAAAGGCAAGAAUGUAUACUUCUUAGAACUUUUCCUCAAUUAGCACAUGAAGUGGAUACUGUAUUAUGAACACAGGGAUCAAGAGUUACAGGACCACUUUAUACUAACUGAAACAACAUAAGUUUAACAGAAAAGUGUGCAAUGCAAAGAACACAAAAGAGAUGCCAGAAAUAUUUGCUAGUAGCUGGAGCCCAGGGCUUGAAACAGAAAGCAUAUUUUAGAGUAUGGCUGAUUUAGGAAACUGUUUUGCUAUUGACUAACAAGGGUGAGUGACCUCUGCGCUAACCAUAUGUAUAUCUUUGUCUGAAGUCCAGCUAGGCCCUAUAAAUGUAUUAUGUAAAUACAAAUAAAUUUUGCUCAAUUUAAUGGCUUCUAAGUGCAAAACAGUGGGGAGGUCAAUCAAAACUGAGCUGCAAAUCAGGGUUAUAUUUCUUGACAACUUGCUGCUUCUGAAUUAAGGCAAGGGAAUGGAGAUGAUCUUGCUCAGCAACCCAACUCUGCCACCAGUGCACUAGAACAGAAAAGACUGAAGAAGUAAAUUUCGUUGCUCAUUACAAUGGUUUG